AUGGCGACCGAGGCGAAGCGCCCGCGGGUGGCGGGACCCGUGGGCUGCAGCGAAGCAGAUCCAGACCCAGUGGCGCGCUUCCUGAGCUGGUGCGGGCAGGUGGGGCUGGAGCUGAGUCCCAAGGUGGCAGUGAGCCGGCGGGGCACGGUGGCCGGCUACGGCAUGGUGGCCCGCGAGAGCGUGCAAGCCGGAGAGCUGCUGUUCACGGUGCCGCGGGCCGCGCUCCUGUCUCAGCACACCUCCUCCAUUGGCUGCCUGCUGGAGCGAGAGCGAGGCGCGCUGCAGAGCCAGUCCGGCUGGGUGCCGCUGCUGCUGGCGCUGCUUCAUGAGCUGCAAGCCCCGGCCUCGCUUUGGAGCCCCUACUUUGCGCUCUGGCCGGAGCUGGACCGCUUGGAGCACCCCAUGUUCUGGCCGGAGGAGGAACGCCGGCGCCUGCUGCAGGGUACAGGUGUGCCCCAGGCUGUGGAGAAGGAUCUGGCCAACAUCCGGAGUGAAUAUCAAGCCAUCGUGCUGCCCUUCAUGGAAGCACAUCCCGACCUCUUCAGUCCCUGGGUUCGCUCCCUCGACCUCUACCAGCAGCUUGUCGCUCUUGUAAUGGCCUACAGUUUUCAGGAGCCGCUGGAGGAAGAUGAUGAUGAAAAGGAGCCUAAUCCUCCCUUGAUGGUGCCUGCUGCAGACAUACUCAAUCACUUGGCUAACCACAAUGCCAAUCUAGAAUACUCACCAGAUUGUCUGCGGAUGGUUGCUACCCAGCCCAUCCCUAAAGACCAUGAAAUCUUCAACACUUACGGGCAGAUGGCUAAUUGGCAACUGCUUCAUAUGUAUGGCUUUGCUGAACCAUACCCUGGCAACACUGAUGACACAGCUGACAUUCAGAUGGUGACAGUUCGUGAAGCAGCAUUACAGGGAAAAGCUGAAACGGAAAGACUCGUACUAUACGAACGCUGGGAUUUCUUGUGCCAGUUGGAGAUGGUCGGGGAAGAGGGAGCCUUUGUGAUUGGGUGGGAGGAGGUGGUUACAGAAGAGGAGCUGACCACCACACUCAAGGUUUUGUGCAUGUCUGCUGAGGAGUUUAAGGAAUUUAAAGACCAGGAUGGAUGGGAAGAUAACAGAGGUGAAGACAGUCUGAUGAUCUCAGAUAUUCCCAAACUCAGAGCAUCAUGGAAACGACUGCUUCGGGAUAGCAUUCUGUUGACCUUGCAGGCCUAUGCCACGGACUUAAAAACUGAGCAAGAUUUACUCAGCAAGGAGGUAUAUACCAAACUUAGCUGGAGGGAACAGCAGGCGGUACAGGUGCGCUAUGGUCAGAAGAGGAUCUUACAUAAUUUGUUGGAAUUGACAAGUUAG